AUGGCGGAGCAGGGCUCAGUACCCAGCGAUUUGUACCAGCACGUUUACUCUUUUUUAUUGGAAAAUAAAUUCGCCAAGGCUGCAAAAGAGUUCUUGAAACAGUCUGAAGUGAAACCCCAGGACCAAAAUGAUGCGGGCCUCGUCGACAUCUUUAAUUUCUGGGUGAAAUCCCCAGAAGCAAAGAAGCGUAAGGCGGUGACUAACGGUUCUGAGGCAGACGGCCCGUCAGCCAAGAAGACGAAGAAGGAGGCAGAGAGCUCCAGCAGUGAGGACUCCAGCGAUGAGGACGAGGAGGCAGCGCCCACCAAGACACCUGCUGCAGCCCCUGCCCCUGCUAAGAAGCCUGCUGCAGCUGAGUCCAGCAGUAGCGAGGACUCGAGCGACUCUGAAGAUGAAGCCGAGGCUAAGACUCCUGCAAAGAAAGUGGCUGCGGCCCCAGCCCCUGCCCCUGCCCCUGCCCCAGCAGCUGCAGCGGUAGCCGCUAGGAAGAAAGACGAAAGCUCCAGCAGUGAGGAGUCUGACUCAGAGGAUGAAGCGCCAGCUAAACCUACUGCAGGAGGUAAAGCCGCCACAGCAGCCCCGGCGAAGCCUGCACCAGCACCAGCAGCAGCGAAGAAGGCGGCAGAGGAGAGCAGCAGUGAGGACAGCUCUAGCGAGGAUGAGGAGCCAGCGAAGGCACCUCCCAAGGCUGCAGCCCCGGUGAAGACUCCUCCUGCCAAAGCAGCGGCCCCUGCAGAGUCCAGCAGCGAAGACUCCUCAGACGAGGAGGAGGAAGCAGCCGCACCCCCCAGCAAGAAACCCAAAUCCGGCCCAUACAGUGCAGUGCCUCCCCCCUCCGCCCUGCAGAGCACACCCACCCCUGCAGGGGGUAGUAAGGCACAGAAGAAGGACGAGUCCUCUGACAGCAGUGAAGACAGCAGCGAUGAAGAGGAGGAGAAGGCUCCUGCUGCUGCCCCGGCCAAAGCCGCUCCUCCCAAGCCUGCUGCCGCUGCUAAGAAGGACGAGUCCAGUUCAGACGACUCCAGCUCAGAGGAAGAGGAGGAGGCCCCAGCUAAAGCCGCCCCAGCUAAAGCAACCCCAGCACCAGUAGCCAAACCUGCUGCCCCACCUGCCAAGGCUGCAGCCGCCACCGCAGAGGAGUCCUCAUCUGAAGAGUCCAGCUCUGAGGACGAAGAGGAGGCGCCUAAGAAGGCUGCAGCAGCCCCGGCUCCUAAGGCUACUCCCGCGGCCCCUGCACCUGUUAAAGCUGCUCCAGCAAAGAAGGCCCAGUCGUCAAGUUCAGAAUCUGAUAGCUCAGAAGAUGAAGCUCCGGCAACGAAGCCAGCAGCACCAGCAGCCAAGCCAGCAGCAGCAGCAGCAGCAGCAGCAGCACCAGCAGCCAAGCCAGCAGCAGCCACCAAGGCAGCAGAGAGCAGCUCCGACUCGGACAGUGACAGCUCGGAUGAAGAGGAGGCCGCUGCUCCACCAGCUAAGAAGCCCGCCGCCACAACACCUGUAAAGGCUCCUGCUGCUGCUGCUGCUGCAACGCCGGCCAAGGCAGCUGAGAGCAGCUCAGACUCCGACAGCUCGGAUGAAGAGGACGAGGCGCCUGCCAAGGUGGCCACGCCUGCCAAGACGACCCCCGCUAAGGCUGCAGCAGCCCCACCUGCAAAGGCAGCGGCCGCGGAGAGUAGUUCAGACGAGGACAGCUCAGAGGAGGAGGAGGAGGCAGCUAAACCUGUGAAGGCGGCCACGCCUGCUAAGACCACACCUGCCAAGGCUGCAGCUCCACCGGCUAAGGCAGCAGAGAGCAGUUCAGACUCGGAUAGUGACAGCUCUGAUGAAGAGGAGGCUGCAGCAAAGACUCCUGCCAAGGUGACGCCUGCAAAGACGACGCCUGCCAAGGCAGCUCCGGCGGCAGCUGAGAGUAGCUCAGAUGAGGACAGUUCUGAUGACGAGGAGGAAGCCCCUGCUAAGGCUACUCCCGCCAAGGCGACGCCUGCAAAGACUACACCCGCCAAGGCAGCUCCGGCUCCGGCUCCAGCUCCAGCGGCAGCUGAAAGCAGCUCAGAGGAGGACAGCUCUGAUGAGGAGGACGAGGCUCCCGCAAAACCAGCAGCAGCUACCACACCUGCAAAAGCCACACCUGCGAAAGCCACACCUGCCAAGGCAGCAGAGAGCAGUUCGGACUCAGACAGCUCUGAUGAAGAGGACGAAGCCCCUGCAGCCAAGACCCCAGCCGCUGCUCCUGCUGCCCCUGCUGCUGCAGUGAAAACCACACCUGCUCCGAAGGCUGCAGCCGCAGCUGAGGAGAGCAGCAGUGACGACAGCUCCAGUGAGGAAGAGGAGGAGACGACGAAGGCCAAGCCUGCAUCCGCCCCCACCACACCCAAAACUCCCGUGGCCGCAGCUGCAGCUACCACGCCUACAGCCAAGAAAACGGCCACGGCAGCAGAGGAGAGCAGCAGUGAAGAGGACAGCAGCGAUGAGGAGGAAGAGGCCACGACGGCUAAGGCCCCAGUAGCCAAUGGCAAAGCGGCAACACCAGCUAAGGUGACUCCGGCUAAGAAGGCAGCAGCUGAGGAGUCGUCGUCCAGUGAGGAGAGCUCGGAUGAGGAAGAGGAGACGCCAGCAGCAACGGCGACUCCGAAGGCAGCAGCGGGAACGCCGGCAGCCAAGAGCACUCCUAAGCCUGCAGCAACACCAGCCAAGGAGGACAGCAGCUCUUCAGACGACUCCUCAUCCGAGGAGGAGGAGGCAGCAAAGACGCCCGCCACUCCCAAGACGCCAGUCACGCCCAUCAUGAACGGCACUAACGGCAAAAGGAAAAGAGACGACGACGAUGAUGAGGAAGAGGAGGAACUGGCCUCGAGUAAAACGCCCAAAAACCAACACCUGAAGACAGCCACGCCCCACUCUUUCCCUAAAGCUAAUAGGAAGAAUGUUCCCUUUAGACGAGUGGUAGAAGAGGAGGUGGCGGUGGACCCUCGCUUAGCAGACAAUUCCUUUGAUGCCAAGAUGGGAGCGGAUGGCGACUGGGGCCAGAAGGCCAACAAUGUGCUAAGGUUCACCAAGGGCAAGUCCUUCAGGCAUGAGAAGACCAAGAAGAAGAGGGGCAGCUACGUGGGAGGGGCCAUCUCCACCUCCGUCAACUCAAUCAAGUUCGACAGCGACUGAAAAGAUACACAUACACUCUCACCUCCCUGUCCUCUCCUCUCCUCUCCCUCCACACUGACUUCAGCUCCUGAUGGACCUUGAUAUCAACUUUCACCUGGUUUCUCUACUCCCACCCUCUCUCCGUACUGGCUAAGAGCUAGGACUGUUUGAAAGACCACAGCCCUCAUCUACCAACAGCCUCUCCUCUCCCUGUUCCUCUCCUCUCUUCUCCUCUCCUGGACUCUGGAAGCCAGAGCCUGAUGGGCAUUGUCUUCAACCUGGGUUCCUCUCUUCUUGCCUCCUAGCUCAGAGCUAGGAAUGUGGAAACUCGCUGAUCAGCACUCACUCAAUCACCCACCCACCAACAACCUCCUGCCUCCCUCUCCUCUCCUCUCCUCUCCUAACCCUGGUCCUGUGGUCUCCUCUCCUCUCCUCUCCCCUGGCCCUCCUCUCCUCUCCUCUCCCCUGGCCCUCUCCUCUCCUCUCCUAACCCUGGCCCUCUGCUCUCCUCUCCUAACCCUGGACCUCUGCUCUCCUCUCCUAACCCUGGACCUCUGCUCUCCUUUCCCCUGGACCUCUGCUCUCCUUUCCCCUGGCCCUCUCCUCUCCUCUCCCCUGGCCCUCUCCUCUCCUCUCCCCUGACCCUCUCUCCUCCUC